AUGGGGAGCGGCGGCCCCGCAGUGCCGGGCCCCGCGCUCCUGCUGCUGCUGCUGAGCGUGGGGAGCUUCCCACACAGCCUCCAGGGCUCCCCAGACUUCCAAGGCCUCGGGCUGGACUGGGGAAGGUUCCAGCACCACCGCCUUCUCAGUCCAGACCGGGGAAGGUUCCACCACAUCCGCGGCCCGAGCGCGUGGCCCCAGGAAAGCCAGAAAGAAGAAGAGCCGAAAUCCUGCGGGAGCUCAUAUGACCUCUACUUCAUGUUGGACAUGUCGGGCAGUGUGAACAACAAUUGGAUGGACGUUUACAACUUUGUUGAUGAAGUGGUCAAGAAGUUCGAAAACCCGAAACUGCGGAUAUCCUUCAUCACGUACUCCACACAGGGCCACACCCUCUUGAAGCUCACCUCAGACAGGUAA